CAAGUUCAGUUUCUCCUUUUCUUUUGGAUUAUUAUCAGAGGAGCAAUAGCUGAACAGAAACAUGGCGCUGAUGAGGUCUGGCUGGAUUUGGAGACAGAGUGAGUACAAACAGGACUCUCUUUUUUUCAUUUCACCUAUUAAACAGUAACUUUUGGGGGGAUUGAUGUGAGGAGGAAUCAUUUAAGACCUAAAACACUUAAACCAGCAACAAUUUGCUGAAUUAACCAUUUUUAUGAAGUGUUUCCACAAAAAAGCCCCAAAUGUGUGGGUUUGAAUCACUCCAAUGAGAGAUUUUGAGCUUUUAUUGUUUGACUUACUGUUUUUGUUGAUUUUCAACAGCGAACUUUUCUUUUAGGGGUUCACAGACAGUGAUUAACUUGUCUGCGGUAUAUGUACUCAUCUUGAAUGUCUUAAUAUUCAUGUAUGAUGCAUUCAAUGCCAGGGGGAGCUAACAGAGAGGUAAAUGAAGCUUUCAUGCCAUAAAAAUGAUGGUCAAACAUAUCUGGUUUACAGAUAAUUGGAGUCAUUAUUUAGAGGCAGCAGUAGCUCAGGAGGUUGACGGUUUGAUCCCCACACUCUCCCUAGUGCUGUGUUCUUGUGCAAGACUCUUAAUCCACCUUGCUCCCAGUGUGUGUCCUCCACUGGUGUAUGAUUGUGAGUGAUGUUUGGUGGUGGUCGGAGAGGCCGUAGGCCAAAUUGACUGCCACAAUUCUGUCAGUCUACCCCAGGGCAGCUGUGACUACUAAGGUAGUUCACCACCACCAGGGUGUGACUGUUUGAGCGAAUGAUUAAUGUAUCCAAUGUAAAGCGCUUUGAGGUCACUGAUAUAAAGCGCUAUAUGAAAUCUGAUGCAUUGUUAUUGUGAGUCACAGUUUGGUCUGAUAGAAAAGUCCAAGCAUUACAUCUGUUACACAACAUGACCUGAAGACCUCGUGCUCCACAUGCUAAUUUUAGUUUUCAGAAGAGUCUGCCUGUGUCAACUGUAUUAUUUUAAUACUGUGAGCACUUUCCUAUUCCCUAUAAAUGACAUUCAGUUACAGAACAUCAACCUUAGUAACUCAUAAUCCCCUUAAUCAUCCUGGACCAUUUCUCUAAUUGGCUUACCCGGACAAUCAAUGGACAUGAAUCCUUCAGAAAACAGACUAAACUGACUUCACCUACGACCCCCUUGUUAUGCGUUCAAAGAUAACUCUGUCAGUACUCUAUUUAAGUCUAAUGAAUGGUCAAUUUGAGUUUAUCAUCAUCAUAGUGCUCCAAGGGCGAUCACAGUUACUACACUCAUGGAUCUGUCUCUCUCCUAUAGCAUCUGUCCUAAAACGCUGGAAGUUAAACUGGUGCGACCUUUGGAUAGACGGGAGUCUCUGCUUCUACAAAUCAGACAACAGGCGAGAUCUGGAGCACCGAAUCAGCCUGAAGACCUCGUGUGUGGAUGUCAGAUCUGGACUGGAGUGUGGAGGUAGAGCACGUACAAGUUUCGAGCUGUUUCACGUCAAGAUAUUUGAAACAAAGAAAGUUCAAUCUGGCAAACAAAUGCUUUACUGAUCAAUAUUAUUCAUGUCAUCAAUGGACUGAAUAUCUUUGCUUAAUGUGAAAGAGGCAAACUGCACUCAAAGUCAAGAAAUAGUCAGUGUGCAAGUUCUUUCAAUCUUAAAAGACAGGCAGUAUUAGACUUAAAAUGUGCAACUUUACUUAGAGCAGCAAUAAUUUUACCAAUUUAACCACAGAGUGUGUAAAAUAUGGACAUAGUCUCUUUGGUAUCACUCAUUAGUUUCUGAGAUGGUGUUAUGAACCCCAAGGAGGGCAUUCACUAUAGUGGAAAGCUUUCUGCAGUUGAUUUAUUCUCAUUUCAUUGUUCAAUUUCUAAUUUACCUCAGCCUGAUUAAUUGGCCCGACCAGUUGAAAUCAAAGUCGUACAGCUGUCCUCAUUGUUUCAUAUUUUUAAUGAAUGAAUGCUUGCAGCCAAAGUGUGUGUUAAUGAUGUCUUUCCUGUAUCUUUUGGGCUGCAGAUGUGAGUCCACCGGAGAGCAAUCCCAAAGAAAAUCGUAUUGCCAUCCAGCUCAGAGAUGGCUCCAUCUUAAACCUGUGUACGAACAGCGAGGAUGAAUCCAUGUAAGUGCUCUCUCUCUCUCUCUUUCUGUCAAACUCCUCUCCUGCUCUGCCUCCCCUAACAACCACCCAUCCUCUCCUCAUCCAUGUUCUCUCUUAUUUUCCAGAGCCUGGAAACUGUCUCUGCUAGAGACCAGGAGAAACCCGGUGAGUGAUCUGUGCUCUCUGUUUGAGCUGAAACAUGAUCUCCUCGCUCUCUCUGCAGUUUGGUGUUUUGACCUCAGAGCUAAAAGCGCCGUUUUCUUCAUGUAGGUGUUCACUUAUGACCCAUACGAUGACUCCUACCAGGAAAUACCCAUCAACAGAUACCAAACAGUCUACAUCACACCAGGAGCAGGACCAGGUAUGUUACCAUGGUGAUACAGGGAGCACAAUAACAGACUCAGUAUUGACUUUUACAAUUUAUGGCUUGGAUAUUUCCACCUGAAGCAAACGUUAGACCUCUAUGUUGGGGGGAAAAGUAAAAACUUGAGCACUCAGAUUCCCUCAGUCUUGGCCUACAGGAGAGUCUGGAGGAUAGAAAUCCUCUCCAGCUUCUCUGGAACCUGCGCCACCCCUGGCUUACGGUGGCCGAGAACCGCCACUGCUGCAAAUAAAAAAAGAAUGCCAAAAAAAGAAGUCACAAUAGAAGUUACUGAUGCAAAAAAAUAAAAUAAAAUAAACCGAAGCCCGCUGCAAAUAAAAAAAGAAAUAGUGCAGAUCAAAAAGCCACAAUGGAAGUUAACGAUGCAAAAAAAAAGUGCUGAUGGCAAAAAAAAAGUUACUUACUGCGAAAAUAAAAGGAUGCAAAUAAAAAAAGCCACAAUGGAAGUGAGCUGCCGGGGACCAAUAAUGAGGAUGCACCGGUGUUUUACAAUCUAGACACAGAAGACGACGGCCAGAAGACGAGCAAAGAAUUUUGUGGAAAGGUUAUUGUUUAAUUUCGCUUCGUAAACUUUUUAAUGUGUCAUUUGGUUAGGCCAUGUAGCACCUGAGUCGAUAUGAAGUUGAACUGAAACAAAUGACACAUUGAAAAGUUUACAAAGUUAAAUUAAACAAUGACCUUUCCAGUUACUUCUUUGCUCAUCUUUUCGCUGUCUUCUUCUGUGCCUAGAUCGUAAAACACCGGUGCAUCAUCAUUAUUGGUCCCCGUCAGCUCACUUCCAUUGUGGUUUUUUUCAUUUAUUUGCAUCCUUUUAUUUUCUCAGUAAGUAACUUUUAUUUAUGUUUUUUUCUGCAUCACCACUUUUUUGUGUCAUUAAAUUCUGUUUAUUUAUUUUUAAUUUUUUUUUAUCUGCACCGUAGUGUUGUGUUGUUCUCGGACGAUUUGUUCAAAAGAACCGAAUCUUUGAAGUGAACGUACCGAACCGAAUCUCUUCCUCGAGUGAUUCGUUUGUUUCUCACUUCAGUUGUGCAAAAGUGAGAAACAGCAUUGCCAGGCCAGCAGCCGGCGAACGAGGGACUCCAUGACACCUGAAUCACUUGGUGAACGAAUCAUGCAUUGAGCUACACCCUCAGGAAUCAUUUUUGUCGGACAAAACUACCUUUCUUUUUUUCACUGCUAAAUUGCCACCACAACAACUUGCAUACAAUAGGACACAGCAUGUAACAAAUAGUGCAUUAAACCCUCAGCAUCCUAUCAUUGCAGCAGUUUGCGAGGGAACGGUGCAUGUUCGGUGUGAAUUCUUCUUAACGUUCAGUGAACGAAUCACUCACUGAGUCCAGACCUGAUAAAUAGCAUACCAUAGGACAGUACACUCAAAAAAUCAUGGCUCAUAAACAAGUUUAUUUUUACAAACCUGUUUGCCAAAGCAACACAACCAAACACUAAAUGAUUUGGUGAAUGAAUCUUUUGAAUGAAUCUUUUUAGUGAACUGAUUCUAGUGAGUCAAUACAUCUAAAAAAAACCGCAGUGCCCAUCACUACUGGACCGUUUCGUUUUUUAUUUGCAGCGGGCUUCGGUUUCUUUCUACUUAUUUUUUUUUUUUCAGUAACUUGUGUUGUGGUUUCUUUUUUCUUUUGCAUUCUUUUUUAUUUGCAGCAGUGGCAGUUCUCGGCCACCGUACUGGCUGCCCUUCUGGACACACCCCUGUUGUUCUACUUACUGAGAAUAUUUGCUGUUGUGGAAAUGUAAACAGCGGUUGUGUCUGUAGCUUUCUUUCAACUAUCUGGUCUGACAUUUCACCUCUCCCCUUUGCAGUGGUUUCUGGCAUUUGAAUUCAUGAUGCAGAAAUUGUCAGUGUAGUUGCUGGUGGUUUUAUUUGCUUUUGCAGGUAGUAAAGAGGAGCCAAAAUUAAUCCAAACCUGUUUCACAACCACUUAAAAAUUUCCUCACAGGGGCUCUAAAGCUGGAUUGUAUAGUUCUAUUAAACCUGAGUGUUACUGCUAACCCCAGUGGCUUUACUCAAGCAGCUGUGUUGGGGUCUCUGUGUUAUACUAGACAAUUUCAUACAAUUUUUAGAGGUUGUUUAAUGUGUGGGACAACUAAACAGUGGAGUUGCUCCCUGAGCUGCACAGUACAGAAAGAUAUAUGAGCUGCAGGAAACUCCACAUAAAGCCAAAGUUACUCGGCAUGACUUGAUGUCAUUUAUCACUUCACAACGUUUCUCAUUUAGCAGAGUCAACAACCUCUUUGCGACGAUUUGCAGACUUUCACACCGCAGCGGGUGGUGUAUGCAUGCAUAUAUUAAUCAAGCACAAUCAGCAUAGAAAGACACAGCAACACCUAAACAAUGUAAACAACAAAUAUGCAUGCAAGGAGCUUACCUGUCACCUGCAGAGCCCAUAUAGCUGCCUCCUUCUCCUUUCCACUGUCGAUAAUGUAAAACAAACAAAUCCAAUUGAAGGCAAAUUUGAAGUAAAACUUUUGUUUUCCCCCCAACUCUUCUUGCUAACACUUCCACGCAUUUUAAUGCCUCACAGUUUUCUGUAAUUUGGCGACUAUUCACGUCGUGUCAGCGCCACGCACCUGCUGAGCGUCUGCGUGAUUAAGAGGGGGAGCGCUCGAUUUCAGUCAGUUAGAGAGCUCGCCGGGCGGUGUAACAAAUCAAGGAAGAAAGACACAGAGGAACAGAACUGUGUGGGAAAUUAGCAAAUGCAUAAUUAAAAACCUUUAACAACUUGCUAAAAGUGUUAUAAAAAACAGUGAUAAAGUCACUUGUCACUUGAAACGGACUGAAAUUAUAUUGAUGCCUCUGUUUGAUAUCUACGGAAGCCCUAAACCCCCGUUUUCUCGAGAUUAUCAGUAGGGCUUCCGUAGUUAGCUACACAAAAGCAAUCAAGAAAAUCUGUGAUUAGAAUUAUUCCAAAAGAGUAUUUUCUGGACAAUUUAAGCAGACAGAGGACAAUAUAAAUUAUACUGCUUUUUAAGUCAGCCUUAAAACCAUUCUUAAAGUAACAAUACCAUAGACAAUAUAUACUGUAGACAACCCAAAAAGCGCUCGGUAAUUCUCCAUUUCCAGAAACCAACAAUGCGCAGUAGCGUUGUACGCACUCCACCACUUGCGCAGUAGCGUUGUUUGACCCGAGCCCAGACAAAAGUGAUGAAACACAGGGUAACCGAUAAGCAAAGCAACAUUAUGGCUCCUACAAUAUAUUUACCAAAACUUCAUCUGCAUUUUAGACUUCAUGGGCAUCCACCCCAUAGGUCUAAUAUGUUCUUGCAGCCUCUUUGUGUAAAAAGUCAUCAAAUACACAAAUGUUCAUUGUGGGUGAUGUUCUGUCAACUUCUUUUUAAUGACCAGUGUGUAAUUUACUCCCACACAAUCCUACUUCUCUAAGGCCUGGUUGUCAAUUUGGCAAAAAAAAACAACUGUAUUUAGGAGUGCUGAAAAUGAAACAGAAUGAAAAAGGUAUUUCAGCGAGGCACAAUCACACGACAAGCUCAAAAUGCUGGAGCCCCUCAAGGUUUGCGUAUAAUCGGUGUUGAGUGAAGCAGACGGUUGAUGGUUCAAGUCGAAGUUGUUGACAUUCCCUCAGCUCUUCCUUUUCUUUGAAUUUCCACACAAAGAUGACUCGACAAGUUCAUCAUGAGCGUCUCUCCUGUGUUUUUGCUCCCAGGUACCCAUCAGGUGAUUGUUCAGAGGGACCCGUAUGACGGAGUGAUGGAGAAUCUGGCGCUGGGAUUACUGGCAGGUGUAGCAGCCGGGACGGCCAUGAGGUCCUUCCUGUGGAUGCCCCUCUUCUUCUGCUGAGAUUACCUUCAGCACUGACAUGAUGACACUGCACACAGCCUGUCCUCCUGCUCACAUGGACUGGAUGUACCGAGACAUCUGUGUAGAAGCCUUUUCUCUAGAUCUACCUCUAGG